UUUAAUGCGCACACAAGUCUUCACGUUGACGACACUGCUGAUCGGGUUAAUCGUCGAUUAAAGUUAGUCGGAGUUGGUUAAAAUGGCCCACGGUGAAUCGGAAACUUUUCUAUUCGGGCCAACCAAUAUACAUCUCGUAGAUCGUAGAUUGUAGAUCGUAGAUUAAUGUAUCCUGUGGAUUCGUUGCCUUCAAACGGACAGGUUUCAAACGACAACGGCAAUUUAAAAUUCUUUAUUUAAUGUGUUGAAUCUCCGGAGAGGAGUGGACGCGAUUUUCGAUGUGGAUGCGAAGUUACAACGAAAUAUACAGAGCCAAGUUUAUCGUGAACGAUCUACUACAAAUUGUGUCGGCAAAAGGACUUGCAAGUUCGAUACAAAAUUUCGCGAGUCUGCGUUACCCACUUGGCAAAGUGUGGAUAUUGGCUACGUAGUUAAUGUCCACGUUUUCCAACGUCCACAGAGGUCGUGUUGCAUUCGAGGAACACCUGAAACCCGGCCGCGGCAACUCUCGGGCUUCUCUCUGACCGAAGCUCGACGAACGUGCUACCUGCACCGGCGCGUUGAUCAAUAAACAGCGCCCUUUAAAAAGCACAGUUACAUUCGCGGGAACGACGGCUGCGACGGUCCCGCUCGCCCGACGAUGACGUGAUAAUCAAUCGACAGGUCAGCUUUCGGGGGGAAAACUUGUCUAAGCGCCAGCUUUCCUCGACAAAGUCACGUUUGGGGCUUCAAAACGACUGUAACAGGAUACCGGACGUGUCACACGAAUUAGUCAGCAGCGGCGUUCGAUGUUGAUUAGCGGUGACCGAGUUUCCUCCCGAGGAUCACCGAGGCGUUUGCAAGGCGUUCGUUGACACGUGGCGCGGUUCCUCCGCGAAGAUGGGCGCGGGAAAGAGCCAGUUCACGGAAGAAGAGUUGCAGGACUAUCAGGAUUUGACGUACUUCACCAAGAAGGAAGUCUUACAUGCUCAUCAGAAGUUCAAGGCGCUCGCUCCGGAGAAGGUCGGACAUAACAAAAACGCGAAGCUGCCGAUGUCCAAGAUCCUGCAGUAUCCCGAGCUGCGAGUGAAUCCCUUCGGCGACAGGAUCUGCAAGGUCUUCAGCUCGAGUCAGGACGGCGACUGCACCUUCGAGGACUUCCUGGACAUGAUGUCCGUGUUCAGCGACGCCGCGCCGAAGGCCGUGAAGGCCGAGCACGCGUUUAGAAUAUUCGAUUUCGACGGCGACGACAUGCUCGGUGUGGGAGACCUGCGGCAAGUGGUCGACCGACUGACCGCGCCCCAGAGGUUGAACGACAGCGACAUACAGCAGCUUCUCCAGUACAUCCUCGACGAGGCCGACCUGGACGACGACGGCGCGCUCAGCUUCGCCGAGUUUGAGCACAUUAUAGAGAAGAGCAGCGACUUCUCCAAGAGCUUUCGCAUUCGUUUAUAAAAGUUUACGACCAACUUGCCAAUGAAAGACUGACCGUUAAUCGACAUUUAAUUAUAUAGUAGCGGACACGGGCCUACUUUGGAAAAAGGAAAAGUACGAUCGUUGCAGAAGGCUCUACAACGUGGCCUAAGUCGGACGAUGAUCCUUUUUGUUUUAUCGAGCUUAUUUAUUUAGGAUUAUAAUAAGAGGAACGAACGUAACCACGAACGUAGAUCUUAUUGUUAGUUUAAAAAUAUCACAAAACUGCCAAACACAAUGGUGUGUUGUCAAUACGCAUGGCGCAAUCUAACAAAGAGAAAUCGCGUCUCUUCUCUCGACCAGAAACUAGCAUUUCUAAAAGAUAUACCUUAUG